AUGCCUCAGUCAGUCAUCUCCGAAUUUGGCGUCGCUCACACCGUCGAGUUACCAUACCUCUUUGGUAACCUGGAUUUCAAUUUUAACUCGAGUUGCAAUGCCACACCUGCCGAGUACUCUCUCGGCGAGAAAAUGAGGGGGUUGUGGACGGCAAUGGCUGAAAAUGCUGAUCCAUCGACUGAAUCUGUCCAUUGGCCGCAAUUCCAGAUCACAGCGAAUGGUUCUUCGACUCCGGGGCUUAUCAUUGGCAACUCGACUGAACCUGGUUUAAUUGAUUUCUCUGCUUGUAAACUGUGGGCUCAGGUUAAUGCCACUAUUUUAGCAAGCAAUGCGACAGCAACAGCCGCGCCAACACCAAGUGGAAGUCCAACAGCUUCGUCCACUCGUGUUCCCCCGACUAACGGUGCUGUAACUAUUCUCCCUAGUUUCGUCGGUUGGAGUGUGUUGAUGAUGGCAUUCGCAGUAUUUUUCUAGUUGCAGGGCCAAGGCGAGAAUGAGAAUCCCCGUUCAUAG